AUUUUCAGAUUAACACGGGUCUUUGAGUGGCGCGCACACAUGUCUUUAAGAAACGCUCGCGCAUGCGCAUUGAAAGUGCCAAAGUGAAUUGUGCAAACGAAACAAAGUUUGCGAAUUUCACACCAAAAGUAGUACAAGAAAAUAUACAAAUUUGUGAAAUUUUAUACACCAAUGCAUAUUAUACGGCUGCACCGUUUAACAAAGCUUACUAACCUAACUUGCCUGAGUUGAGCAGAGCGCGCGCAUGCGUUGGCCGAAGUGUUGCAAGAUCAAGCGCAUUAAUUAAAAGCGAAUAUUGUGUUUCAAUCGUUGCUAAGUAAAUGAAAAAUUGUGAAGAAUUGCGAGUAUUUAUGAAAUAAGUUGGGAAAUAUUUUUAAUGAAAAAAAUUUAUUUGUGAAAUAAUUAUAAAAAAUUUAAAUAAAAGUAAUAUUUUACUGAAAGUAAAAAAAAAAAUAAAAUAUUUUUAAAGAAAAUAUUACGUGAAAACAGCAUUGCCGUUAUAAUAAAAUUACACUACAUUCGCGAUCACCAACAGCCAGUAAACAAGUAACAAGAAAAGAAAAUGUUGAAAAUAUGCAAAAUAAAUGCCUGUCCGAAUGGCACACUUGGCCUACACCUAAGUCGAGCACCCUGGGAUCCCUAUCCAUGGGUGAGUGGCAUACAGGAGGGCUCCAGCGCAGAAGAGGCCGGCAUGCGCGUCGGCGAUACAGUGCUGGAGUUUAAUGGCAGCGAUGUGUUGGGACAGAAAAUUUUCGAAAUUGCAAAUAGAAUACGCGAACACUGGCAGAGUGGUGCAACCGAUGUGACGGUGGUGAUUUGGCGCAAACAAGCGGAGGAGGACAGCAGUUGUGAUGAGGAUGCUGACGAAAACACCGAAUAUGAAGAGGAUGAGGAAGUGGAUGUAACGAAUAGUAGUGAUAGUGAGACAUUGACGUCACAGGAGGAGGGGCAACGUAAGCGCGUGCAACGGGCGCAUCAGCAGCAUUCCAGCAUUAAUCAGCAAUCGUUGCAGAAGUUCGCCACAUGCCUGCAACACAUUGCCCAAUUAUUGGAGUGUCCUGUUUGCCUUGAGGUUAUUCGCCCACCUGGUUGGCAGUGUUGUAACGGACAUGUGUUGUGCAACAACUGCCGCAGUCGUUCGGUCAAAUGUCCGGUGUGUCGUGUGCCGUUAGGACCCAGAGGACGCUGCCUCCUCGCGGAUAAAUUAUUCACCGUGUUGGCUGAGAGUUUUCCCUGUGAUGGCGUUCGGAGCAACCGAAAUUCUCCAAAGGAGAAGCGCAAAUGCACACCUGAAUCCAAGGGGCGUCCCAAGGCGACCACGACAGCAGCAAGAAUACAGCAAAAUGAAAGGGAUCAGCAACACCCAAACCAACAACACCCACAAAUCAAAGCCAAAGAAAUGCAACAACGAGAUAAGAAGAAGGUCAAAACUGCUGUUGGCAGCCAAAAGAAUGUGUCGAAUGGAAAAGUUGCUGCCAAGGAAUGCACGGCAACACCAACAACUACAGCAGAACAAGUGAACAGCACGACUGACAAUUGCCGGAGCAAUAACAAAAAGUUAGCGGAGGCUGGCGGCGCCGGGGACGGCAGUUCAACGUUGCGCUGUCACUGGCAAUGGCGGCGGAGUCGGGCGCGACUUGGCAAAGAACAACAACAACAACAGCAACAGCAGUCGAGUGACGCUACACAGCAAGUUUAUAAAAGUUACGCAGAUGAGCAAUUGUCCAUCACAGAGUCCAGGGCGGUGACAGCGUUGAGGAGCAUCCCGACAGGGACAACAACGACGACGACAAAUGUCAGCAGUUGAGCAGUCCUAUAAGUUAAGAGUACAAGCGCGGGAGUUUAGGGGGGAUGCAUGCAAUGCAUUUUGUGCAGCAAACUGUGGGUUGGAACUGUGCGCAAUUCAGGGAGGGGGACGUUGAAAGUAGUGCUGGGCGGUGGCAAGUGCGUGGCGUUGUGACGGAAGGAAAUGCACUGGUCAACAAUGUGCUCGUUAAACUCAAGUUGCAGUCAAGUAAGAAAUCAGCAGAUAACAUAGAACGAGGUAGAAAAGUCACGAAAUGUUAAACAAAAAGGAGCGCCAAGCAGUUCGCAGGAGUACGAAAGUAACAAUUUGUGUUGAAAAAUAAAAAUAAAAUAAAAAUAGUCAUAAAUAAAUAAAUAAAUAAAAUAAAAACUCUAGAACAGUUGCAGUUGCAAUGAUGAAGUUGCAAACUACAAUCACAACAACAACAACAAUAAACUAUUCAACUAAAAUAAAACAACAUUUAUAAUGCCCAGAUUAGCAGUUGUUGGCAUUAGCCAAGCCGAGCCGAACCGAGCCAGUUGAGUUGAGUUGAGUUGAGUUGUGCGGUGCCGGGCCGCGUGUGCCACGCCGUUAUGUGUGUGUUGCCGUCGGCAGCUACUGCUGGGGAUUAGCAACAAUAUCAAAAUUAUCAUUGUCCAACUGGGAAAUCAUGUGGCAUUUGGAACGUGCAACAUUCAGCACAUUGAAGUGUGGUAAAAAUCAAGCAAAACAAUGAGUCUUGCCGUACUGGCAAUACAACAACAAUAAUGUUUGCAACAAAUUACGGCAAAUAACAGUGUGUAAUGAUGGCACUACAAACAACAACAACAAAUUCAGACAACACAGUAUGCAGUAAGGCAACAAUAAAGUAGUUUGCAAAUAGAUGAGGCAACACACUAAAGAGGUACAGUGCGGCGAGCAAAAGUUUAGGCGAAACCUAAUAUAUUAUUUAUGUGUUUAAGUCUAAUGAAAGGAAAACUUGCAUCGAUAUUUUUUAUAAAAAUUGUUAAAUCAAAGGAUUGCGAAUAUAAUCUGAAACGAAUAUUCUUUAUAAAAUAAAUAAAACUUGUCAUGUAACUAGUUACGAACUAGUUUUCUAUGUACCAGUUUGCAACUAGUCAGAUUUUAGACAACUCUUUUUGUACAUAAAAUAAUAUGUAAACAAUUUUAUCAAAAGCUCUACUACGUAAGUUUUCUUAACUUAUACAAAUUCAUUAAAAUUCUGUAUCAGUUUAGAACCACUGUGUCACUUGAAAUUUUUCAAAAACAUAAUAAAUUCUUAGUGAGCGGAGGCAGUAUUAGGUGCUUCAUUUAGAUGUAGGUAUAACCUUCUCAGUCAAGUCAACAAUUGCAAAAUGCGGGGUAAGAAAAUCUAGCAAAUUUCGGAUAACAACAAACAGUUCAUCAAGGCGUUUUGGAGAUGAGCGCACAGUUGCAAUGAGCAACAACUUGCUUCACCGUUAAAUAUAUGUAGGACAGAAAAGUUGUUCCAGUUUUUUAUUUUCACCACGCUGUCGCCCUAACCGACCAGAUUUAGGUGAAUUCAUGUCUGAUUAACCACAAUUAGCGUUUAUACUGGUACCUCCACCGGCUGAGAAUAAGCCACUAGUUAUAUGUCUUGCAGCCUUUUCUUCUGCGAAUUACUUAUGGUGUUGAAAACGUGAAGUGAAGCUUUGAAAAUUUAAACUUACUGUUCCCAAUAAAAGAAGAAAUGCUCUAUAACAUUUGAUCUCUCUAUAUAUUUUUGGCUUUUUUCUCUUUCUCUCUCGCUCGAUCUUUGCAGGUGAUUUCCUCAUAGUUUUUAAUAUAUUAUAUACAAUAUUUAUAUUUAAAAAAAUAUCGACCCACGUAGCAUAACGCUUUGGCUUUACUACCUAUACCAUACAAGACAUUACAUUCUGCUGAUGAUUUCAUGAUUAUUUUAAAGGAUUUCAUAUUUGUUUCAUGUUUUUAGAAUAAUGUCUUUAGAAAAUAAUUAUCCGCCAGUUCACAUAAUAAUUUUUAAUACAAAUCAUUAAAUUAUGUAUCUCUUAGUCUUAAAUAUAGAUAGUCUAUAUACAUAUGUUUGUACUUGUCAUUGCAUGUUUUUGAGAUGUUAUCAUCCUUAUUGUUCCAACUUUAU